GUGGGGCACUAGUGGUAGGCCAGGCUGCCUGGAGUGUCCCAGCGGGUAUUGGAAAUGAGACAGAUGGGAUUGUCCAUAACUUCUGGGACAUGAAUUAUCGCUGUGGUCUGGGUGGGUGGGUGACUUGGGUGCCUGUGAGUUCUGGGUAGUUACAAGGCCAUCCUGAGAGGCUUGUUGAGGUAGCCCUGGAGAGACAAGGAAAGUUCAGGUGUUUGGGCCACACUGUUGCAGACCUCUGGUUUCACCUCUUGGAGUGUAGGUUGCACUCCUGGUUACCUCCCCAGCCAUACUGGUUGUGGCUGCAGCCUGGGCCUGUACACCCAGUUUCCACGGGCUGUACAGGUUCCCGUCCACCAGUGUGAAUGCAGUGUCAUCAGGCUGCUGACAUGGGUUGGGACCCACCCAGGGCCACAGGCUGGUGACUCCUGUAGAAGAUUCAUCAGGUUCUGAUGGGUGGGGUGGGCCCAAGCCCGCCCACCCUGUGCCAUCACCUUUCCACCACCCCCAGCAUCUCACCAAGGCAGGCUUGGUGUUCACCCUGGUGGGGCUGGCCCAGGGGGCGGGGCAGGCAGUCAAACGGGUCCAGCGGGUAUCUGGAACCUAGAUGGGUGGCCCCAGAUGAGCACCCUCCUCCUGGGAGGGUACUUUUGAACCCAGCUGCAGGUAGGCCAGAGACGGGUCAGAACAGGCAGGGACACGCCACUGGCCAGAGGGAGGAGGUGUCCACAGGUCCGUCCGGAUGCCCUGCCCUCGGCCGCCCUGGCUCCGCCGUUCCCGGGCCCUUCAGGGCUCGGGUCCCAGCUCCCCAGGCUCGCUCUCUGCACCCCGCUCCCCGAGCAGAGGGGAGGACCAAGACGAGGACGAGGAAGAGGAGGAGGGAGGCUGCAGCCCAGGCUCCGGCCCCGUCCUGCUCCCCGCCUCCCCUGUGGAGUGCCUCAUCUGCGUGUCGCCCUUCGACGGCAUGUUCAAGCUGCCCAAGCGCCUGGACUGUGGCCACGUCUUCUGUCUCGAGUGCCUGGCGCGCCUAUCGUUGGCCACGGCGGGCGGCGGCGACGCGGUGGCCUGCCCGGUGUGCCGCGCGCCCACGCGCCUGGCCCCCCGCCGCGGACUGCCCGCGUUGCCCACGCAGUCCGCUCUCCUGCCCCGCGACGCGCGUGCGCCGCCCUCGCGCCAGGGCUCCGUGCGCUUCGACAGGCGCCGAGGUCUCCUCUACCUGCGGCCGCCGCCGCCCCUACCCGGGCCGCGUAAGUCCCGCGCCCCGCAGGCCCCGCGCGCCCCGCCGCCCCCGCCGCCUCUGCGCCUGGGCCGCCCGCUGUCACGCCGCCUGACCCUGGACAGCCCGGCCUGGGUCUUCAACGCGGCCGUGGCGGUGGCCGUGCUGGUGGCCGCGGGACUUGUGGUCUCGGGCGUCUACAUCUUCUUCCUCAUUCCGCACGCCACCUCCUCCGGCCCCGCGCGGCCCCAGCUCGUGGCGCUCGCCCCAGCGCCCGGCUUCUCCUGGUUCCCGCCGAGGCCCACGCCGGGGGCGCACUGGAGCCCAGCCUGGACGCCGCGCCCCACGGGCCCUGACCUGGACGCGGCCCUGCCAGGAACUGCAGAAGAUGUGCUGGAGCCCAAGGCGGGUCCCGAGGACCCGGCAGAGGCUGAGGAGGGACCCGAGGACCCGGCGGAGACCAAGGGGAUGCUGGACAAGCAGCCGGACAGCCCGUGGGGCACAGAGGCUGGCCCCAGCUGGACCCCGUGGGUACGGGGCGCAAGGAGGCUGUGGCGCCCACAGUAAGUGCAGCCGCGCUGCAGUCCUACAGCCAGGCCUGGCACCUCCGUGUCAUCUGGGGGCCUUAGCAGGGUGCACGGCACUUACCCGUUUCUCCAGAUUGGAGCCUGAAGCGAGCAUCCGUGGCACUGUCACCAUGGGGCAGGUCCCUCUCAAGGAGCAGCCACCACAGUCGUCCCACAGGGAUCCUCUGGUAACACCCCGACCCCCAUUCUUGUGGCUGUCCAGUGCUGGGAUUACAGGCGGAGGGUGCCCUAACCAUGACUUCUGUAAGGGUCCUGCUGGGGCUUGGUCCAGAACCCAGACUCCGUGGGGGUGCAGUUGGAAGCAUCCUAAUCCUCAUCCCUUGUGGGAGUCCAGCUGCGAACACCCCCGACAAACAUCCAUGCAGGUACCCCGCCAGAGGCAGCUCCACAGAUAUCCUUGAACGGGUCCUGCUGGGAGUGUCCCCAGUCAUCCUCACCCCAGAGGCCUGGGGGAGCACCCUUAUCAGCACCAGAGGCCGAAGGUCCUGACCCACUCAUCUUUUGAACUGGCUACAGGUGGCAGGGGCCCGCCUAUCUUUGGAGGGCAGAGCUGCUGCUGCUAUCAUUCCCUGGUCACGUGUCCCUCCAACUGGCCCAUUGCAGGGGACCCACCACUCCGCUGUCUGGAGUUUCUUUUCUACUGCCUGCAGGCUGGGCCUGAGUGGGCUCCAGCUGUCUACCUGCUGAUCCCGGGCAUAUCGUUGCAUCCUGCACACCUG